AUCCGACGGACCCCCACGGUUGGGGAAUUAGGGAGGUCUCCUCGGGCCCCCUGCCCGCGGCCGCCAUGGCGGAGAAUUGGAAGAACUGCUUUGAGGAGGAGCUCAUCUGCCCCAUCUGCCUGCACGUCUUCGUGGAACCGGUGCAGCUGCCGUGCAAACAUAACUUCUGCCGGGGCUGCAUCGGCGAGGCUUGGGCCAAGGACAGUGGCCUGGUGCGCUGCCCGGAAUGCAACCAGGCCUACAAUCAGAAGCCGGGCCUGGAGAAGAACCUGAAGCUCACCAACAUCGUGGAGAAGUUCAACGCCCUGCACGUGGAGAAGCCGCCGACGGCCCUGCACUGCGUGUUCUGUCGCCGCGGCCCCCCGCUGCCGGCGCAGAAGGUCUGCCUGCGCUGCGAGGCGCCCUGCUGCCAGUCCCACGUGCAGACGCACCUGCAGCAGCCCUCCACCGCCCGCGGGCACCUCCUGGUGGAGGCGGACGACGUGCGGGCCUGGAGCUGCCCGCAGCACAACGCCUACCGCCUGUACCACUGCGAGGCCGAGCAGGUGGCCGUGUGCCAGUACUGCUGCUACUACAGCGGCGCGCAUCAGGGACACUCGGUGUGCGACGUGGAGAUCCGGAGGAAUGAGAUACGGAAGAUGCUGAUGAAGCAACAGGAGCGGCUGGAGGAGCGAGAGCAGGACAUUGAGGACCAGCUCUACAAGCUCGAGUCAGACAAGCGCCUGGUGGAGGAGAAAGUGAGCCAGCUGAAGGAAGAGGUGAGGCUGCAGUACGAAAAGCUUCACCAGCUGCUGGAUGAGGACUUACGGCAAACGGUAGAGGUCCUGGACAAGGCGCAAGCCAAGUUCUGCAGCGAGAACGCGGCGCAGGCGCUGCACCUUGGGGAACGCAUGCAGGAGGCCAAGAAGCUGCUGGGCUCCCUGCAGCUUCUCUUCGAUAAGACAGAGGAUGUCAGCUUCAUGAAGAACACCAAGUCUGUGAAGAUCCUAAUGGACAGGACCCAGACCUGCACGGGCAGCAGCCUUUCUCCCCCUAAGAUCGGCCACCUGAACUCCAAGCUCUUCCUGAACGAGGUGGCCAAGAAGGAGAAGCAGUUGCGGAAGAUGCUAGAAGGUUCCUUCAGCACACCGGUGCCCUUCCUACAGAGCGUCCCCCUGUACCCUUGUGGUGUGAACAGCUCUGGGGCAGAAAAGCGCAAGCACUCGACAGCCUUCCCAGAGGCCAGCUUUCUUGAGACGUCAUCCGGCCCUGUGGGCAGCCAGUACGGGGCAUCGGGCACAGCCAGCGGCGAGGGCCAGUCUGGGCAGCCCCUGGGGCCCUGCAGCUCCACCCAGCACUUGGUGGCCCUGCCAGGUGGUGCCCAACCAGUACACUCAAGUCCUGUGUUUCCCCCAUCGCAGUAUCCCAAUGGCUCUGGCACCCAGCAGCCCAUGCUUCCCCAGUAUGGCGGCCGCAAGAUUCUCGUCUGUUCCGUGGACAACUGUUACUGUUCUUCCGUGGCCAACCAUGGUGGCCACCAGCCGUACCCCCGAUCUGGCCACUUCCCUUGGACAGUGCCCUCGCAGGAUUACUCACACCCUCUUCCACCCACACCCUCCGUCCCUCAGUCCCUUCCUGGCCUGGCAGUCAGAGACUGGCUCGACGCCUCCCAGCAGCCUGGCCACCAGGAUUUCUACAGGGUGUAUGGGCAGCCGUCCACCAAACACUAUGUGACAAGCUAACGCCAAGCAGGCAGUGGACGCUGGGGACCCUCCCCCCAGCCCCGGUGGCUCGGGAGUUAUGCAUCCAGAGACCUGCCCUUCUUUCUACCCUCCUGUCUCCUCCUUCCUCCAUUCCUCCAGGUCUUUUCCUUUUGGAUUUUGUUUUAUUUAGGGCCUUGUUUUGAUUUUUUUUUUUUUUGGGCCUUUUUUUUUUUUUUUUUUUUUUUUUUUUUUAUGCAUCUCCUAGAUGAGGAGGUGAUAGUGGGAGCUGGCCUGGGUAGGGGCUGCAGGUGGCCCUGGAGUUGGGACAGUGUCUAUCUCAAGGCACUGAGCUCUCUCUUUCUUUUCUUUCUUUCUUUUUUUAAUCCCACUCCCUCCCCUUCACCUCCCAUGGCUGGAAGAAGCCUUGGGUCGUCAACUCUCCUCCUCAUUUCCCCUGGGAGAUGGCCUGGUGCCCACUGGCCCCUUUCUCCUCCCUCCAGUUUUUCUUCUGGGCAGUUUGAUCACUGAUGGAGUAAAGAUUGACCUAUAGAUUGUGGAGUUUUUCGUUUUGUUUUGUUUUUUAAUUUUUUAAAACCAAGAAUGAUUUCUUCUGCCUCCUCCUCACCAUCUUCCCAAACGGAGUUCAAGGCCACAUCUCAAGCAGCUUUUGGCACCUUCAGCCUGAGUGGGAACCUUUCAAAGCCAGGAGCCCCAAGUCCAGGAAGGUCGAAAAAAAGAACUAUGCCAAUGAUAGUGACCACAGCGAAAGCAAAUAAUAAUAAUAUUAAUAAUAAUAAAGAGAAAUAAAAGAAAUAAUAAAUAAAAACAAUAGCACAGCCCUUGUUGAGGUCAGUGGAGAAGGGGCUGCCCAGAUUUGGGUCCUUUCCUGGAUUUUGACACAGCUACUUCCUAUAGUGAGCACUUUGUAUGAAUUGUGGACUUCCUGUUCUCGAGACACAGGUAUUUAUUCUGUAAUCUGCCUAGAGCGCACACACUGAAAUCCAACCUUCUAAUAAACAUGAUGGCGCAGCCCU